AGAUAAAUAAGUAAUACCACUUGGACGCAUUUAACGACGUAAAAUGUGACAAUUUGGACAAACAGCUUCUGAACAAAAUAUAAUUGUUAUGCAUGCUUUCGUCCUCUGAGAUGCCAAGGCACACCGGACAACUUCGCUAAAACAAAAAAAGGACGCGGCCAUUAGGACAACUCUCGCGUGACAGAGUGUCGUAGGAGGAAGUCUAGAUCCAGAGAAACCGAGGCUUUUUAGCUAGCAGGGCGGACGAUGAUAGAUGAUGGCAUCAAAAAAACGUUCUCACAACUUUGCGGCGGCACGAACACCAGCUCAAAUCGAAAAAAUUGUCCUCUCCACCGUCGGGAGCUAUAUCUUGGAUCAGUUGCUGGACAGCGAUCGACGAGCAGAGCACAAGAAGCUUUGCACGGAAGCACUGGUGCAACACAGCAACAACGAAGGAGGCUAUGUCGACUAUGCCGAGCAAGCGGUGCUGGCGAACCUGGACUGGGGGAUCGAGGCAGUGGAGGAAGCGAUACGAACUCCACACGAGGAGACGAAGAGCGCGAGGCUGCAGCACGCCGAGAAGAUGCUACAAGUUUGUGCGCUGCUCGACGUGAGAAGUGAGAUAGCAGGGAUUCCAGGGACGUAUCUAUCGGCUUGGGGAUCGCUUAUUCUCUCCUACGUGUGGAAGCUACGGAACGAUGACCGGAAGGCUGCCGUUUGCGUGCUCGAUAUGUUCCUGGUGGAUCCUCGGUCGGCUAGAGUCAAGUUUGCCCCUCAGCUAUGGGACCAGUUGUUCCAGCCUCAUCUUACAAGCAUCAAAGGGUGGUAUUCUCUUCAACGACAUCGUAUCAAGAUGGCCGAGUCCGACGACGUUUCUUACUCGUUCCAGUCGAGAGAGGAAGACGGAGAAGAGGAUUUGCUGACUCUGGAACAAAAAGAGCAGCUGGAAGGGGUCGAGGGGCUUUACCAGGCUAGUCUGGACGAUCACACACGGGAGUUUGCACAGCAUUACAAGGACUGGCUAACUCUCACGGCCGAUUCUCUGAAGAAGCGCGUUCCUCCACUUAUGCCGAUCGCGGAACCACCAAUGACACCCGUUCACGAGCUCGCAAUCUUCAAUCGGAAGAAUGUCGAGAACCAAAGCCUGAAAACUUAUGAAAGUUGUACUUUAAGCAGUGAUAAUACACAACCAGAGGUUGAGAAUGUUAAAAGCAACAAAGCAGACGGUAGCGAUGAAGUUUUCAAUCACAUAUCUAUGGAAACUAAGAGCUCUCCUUCGACGAGCUUAUUUGCAAGUACGCCUCCCAAAGAUUUUGUCUGUCCAAUCACGAACCAGAUAUUUGACGACCCUGUCACUUUGGAAACUGGCCAAACUUACGAGAGAAAGGCCAUCAAGGAGUGGCUAAGUCGGGGAAAUGUAACCUGUCCCAUGAGCCGGCAACCUCUGAUCAAGGUAGCACUUCCUAGAACAAACUAUAUUCUUAAAAGGUUGAUAUCGGACUGGAAAGCAGAGUCAACUCAGUUUUCUAUAAAGGAUUCCCCUCAGACUACGAAUAACGAUUACUUUCCCACGUCUUCAGGCAGUUUGACAGAUGCAGGCCUGACGGGGUUAGAGAAACUAAAGAUGUCUUUGGAGACUCUUAGCAGACUGGAUAAUCUUACUGAUUGCGAAGCAGCGGUGCGGACAAUCUGUCAGUUCUGGGAGGAAGUCCACGGAAACGAAGACGUCACUGUCCUGCUCACGGAACCGAGAGUUAUCGACGCUCUCAUGGAAACUAUAUGCAAGUCGAGUUCGGUGGAGGUUCAAAAGGAAGCAGUAGACAUUCUAAUUGAACUAGUUCACAGGGAUGAGCACACAAGGCAGACCAUCUUGACUAUAGACCCAGGCCUCCAACGCAUGCAAAAGCUCUUGAAAGAAGGUUUAGUCGACUUGACAGUGUUGCUGCUUCAGCUGAGGCUUUUUCUUCCCGACAUCGCGAUGGCCGAUUUGCUACCGCACUUGGUAGCUGUCAUCAAACAAAGCAGGGAGUCGACAAUUAGCGAUGGUUUCUUCCAGAGCAGCAUCAAACCGAAGGCCGCUGCAGUCACAAUGCUUGAGCAUGUACUCUCGAGCAUAGAACUGGAAAGGAACUCUGUAAACAUCAAGACGCUCGUCUCUUUGACAGCGGUUCCAGCUCUCAUCGAAAGCCUGAACACGAAGGAUAAAAAGGAAAGAGUAGCUGCGGUGUCGAUAUUACUCAGGUGUGUGCGAGCCGACGAGGACGCUAGAACUUUCGUCUCUCAAGCCGAUCACUUAACUUUGGUGCUGAAAGUUCUCCACAGUGCCGAUAAAGUGGCAAGGGCAAGAACUAUUGCGCUCCUUAUGGAACUUGUUCGAUCACACAAGAAAACAUCUCGUCUACAAAUUCUCGGGCUUAUAAAAACUGAAGGCUGUGUGAGCAGCAUGCACGCGCUUCUGAUGCACCUCCAAGUUGCACCACUGGAGCAGCAAAUACUUACAGCAGGCCUUCUAAUGCAGCUAGAUUUACUGGGAGAGCCUCGGAAAGAUAGCGUGUACACGGAAGAAGCAAUGGACACACUACUUAAGGCAAUAAAGAACAAAGAUCGGCUAUCUUUGCAAGUGGAAGCAGCUCGUACUAUCAUAUGCAUAGUCGGGAGAUUUUCUUCUUCGGGUAAACCAGUGCUGAGAUCCUGGCUUAUAAAAGCGUCGAAAACAAAGCCAACUAAAAAUUAUCAGCAGGAUGACUGGGACAAGAAAGUUGCGAGAGCUCUGCUGGACUAUGAGAAUGGAACUUUGCUGGAAGUGCUAGCUGAAAAUGUACUUGACGAGGCAUUGGAGCUCGCGACACCCUGCAUAACAAUCGCGACGUGGUUACUCUACAUGGCAGGUGAACUACCUGAAACGGGACUCUGGAUUCAAGCUCGCAAACUCUUACUGCCCCGAUACAUAACUUUGCUACAAUCUGACGCUCAUCGAGUCCUCGCAGCUCUUGCUUUGUAUAGUUUUCUAAAGGACAAAGGCAGUGCGCAAGAGCUUGUAAAGUCCGCUGCUGCCGUAUGCAAGCCGCUCAAAUCAAUGAGAAAUGAGAGUUGGACCUCGUCAAAGCUGUACCAAACAUUCAUAACCAGCCCAAAUGUGAAAGCAGAAGAAUGGAAACACGACGAGGUUAUGCAAGCAGAUACAAGUGGCAAUGGUGAGGUGCGUGCACUCGCAUGUGCAAAAGGAUUUCUCUACAGUGGACACUCUGACGGAACAAUCAAGAGCUGGAAAGUUGCGGAAGAAAAUCUGCUGUUGCUGAGAGAAGCCACAGAGCAUACAAAAUGCGUCACGAGCCUGGCGAUUUUACCAUCAAAGCACAGGCUUUACAGCGGUUCUCUGGACAAAACUAUCCGGGUUUGGUCCAUUGAAGACGAUGCCUUACACUGCCUCCAUGUCUUCGAGCUCAAUGGUGGUGUUCUAAGCCUGGUUGUGACUGGUUCUCUCGCGUGCAUUAUAUUACAAGGCAUCCCAGGCAUUCAGGUGCAAUACGAAGAGAAUGACGCAAGACAUAUUUCUUCGCACAAGAACAUACAAAGUGUGGCCGCUUCCAAAGGCAUGAUUUACUGUGGAUGCACAGACAACAGCGUACAUGAAACCGAUCCAUCAGGAACUGCCAUGAUGUGCAUCCAAGGCGGCGUGAGAACUUUGCUAGGAAAACGGCCAGUAAAUGCAUUGCAAGUUUUCAAAGGUCAGAUCUAUACAGCGGGAUCAUUCUGUGAUGGAAUGAAUGUCAAGGUGUGGAACCAAGCCGAUAAGUCACUCGUAAGUGCACUGUCCAUACAAUCGGAAGUAAGAUCGAUGGCUAUGAGCUCGGAGUUCCUCUAUUUCGGCCUAAGCUCGGGAACGAUCGAGGUGUGGCUUCGAGCACGGCUUGCCAAAGUAGGAAGUCUGGCAGUAGGGAGCAAAUUAAACGCGCUGGCAGUGGACGGGGACGUGCUCUACAGCGGAUCUGGAGACGGGAAGAUCAAGGUUUGGACAUGUUUGUGAUCAGGCUCUUUGAAGGCUUGUAUCGUCUAGAACGAAAGAACUAGAGCGGAAAAUGGUAGGAAUAUUUGGACAAUGGUGGCUUGGUAGCUCACCAUAGUCUUGUAAAGAAUGGACAUCAUAGCCAAAGUUGAGGCUGUAAAAAAUCGUCCAUUGUAGUGUGGUUUUGAAAAUCUUCACAGAUUGAUGUCUGUGAUUCGAUGUCUAUAAAAUUUCACCGGAAAGAACGAAAUAAAAUUAGAUUACUCUGGAA